UUGUUUGCUCUCAUCUUUGGCAUUGACCAAACAAUGCGGUCAUUUAAACAGUUCGCUCUGCUGCCCCGGUCCUGAAAACAUCCUUUGCACAGAGGCGGAGCUCUCAGUCCGCCCUCGCAGAUGGCACACACGGGGAGGGAAAGGGAGAGCACCAGAGCCUUCACCCGCUCCCACCAGGUACGGUUGUUAAAGGGAACCAUGAGUCUUGCGUUACAUGACCUGCUUACGUGUUGUCGUCGCCUUGAAAAUGAGAGAGCUACAGAGAGAAGGAAUGAAAUUGAAAAUUUCAAGCGACUUCUCCGUGAUCCUGAAACAGUUCUCCAGCUGGAUCGGAAUUCCGAUUCUAGGAGAGGAAACCAACUCAACUGGGAUGCUGUGUUCAGUGUCCUGAAGAAAUAUUUCCAGAAGGAAAUGGAAAACCUCAGACUGGCAAAACCAAAUGCAUCUGCUUCAACACAGACUACUAAACAAAAAAGGAUGCAAGAGAUUGGCAGUUUAGUCAAAUAUUUCAUCAGAUGUGCUAAUAGAAGAGGACCCAGACUAGAAUGUCAGGAACUUCUAAACUAUGUCUUGCAUAUUAUAAAAGAUCCAGCAAGUUGUGCUGCUUACGGAUCUGACUGUAGUAGUAUACUCCUGAAGGAUAUCCUCUCAGUAAGGAAGUACUGGUGUGAGAUAUCCCAGCAACAGUGGCCAGGUAAUAUUUUCUAGUAUUAGAAAUGUCUU